GACAUUGCACUGCACCGAAGGAGCUGCUGCUCACUGGGUCCCAUCACCUCACGGAUCCAUCAUGGCAUCCCCCAUGAGGAGCCUGCUGACAGACCUCAGCCGCUACGUCCGCUGCUUCCACGUCUUCCUGGCCAAGUCUACUGAGCACCAGACCAUGAAGCAGUUUGUGGAGCAGCAGCUGCCAGGCCUGCUGGCGAGGUAAUGGUGGGCUGUACUGGAAGCGGGAAGUCUGCCUUCAAUAUUCUAAGUGUCGGUGGCGGAGCAGGUGAGAUUGACCUGCAGAUCAUCUCAGCUGUGCAAGCCAGUUAUCCAGGAGUCGCCAUCAACAAUGAGGUGAUAGAGCCAAGUGCUGAUCAAAUCCUCAAGUACAAAGAACGUGUGGCUGCAACCUCAAACCUCGACAAUGUGAAGUUUACCUGGCAUGAGGAGACAGCUAAUGAAUAUGAAAGUCGAAUGAAGGCAGAAAAGAAGUCUCAAAAAUGGGACUUCAUUCACAUGAUUCAGAUGCUGUACUACGUGAAAGACAUCCCUGCAAUUAUCCGGUACUUCCACAGCCUCCUGGCUGCACAGGCAAAGCUCCUCAUCAUCCUGGUGUCAGAAACCAGUGGCUGGGAAACGCUCUGGAGGAAGUAUGGGUCUUCCUUUCCUACAGAUGACCUCUGCACUUACGUGUCCUCUGCUAAUAUCAAAGGGAUUCUGGAUUCAGUCGGGCUGAAGUACAAGGUGUAUGAGCUCCCAUCCCACAUGGACAUAACUUGCUGCUUUACUGAAGGGGACAACGAUGGGGAGCUGUUGCUGGAUUUCUUGACGGAAACCUAUGAGUUUUCAAAAACUGCUCCUCCUGAACUAAAGCACCAGGUACUGGAAGAAUUAAGAAAGCCUGGAUGCAGUGAGAACAGAAAUGGGAAGGUGAUUUUUAAUAACAGCAUGAGUGUAAUAAUGAUUGAGCCCUGAAUUAAGAAAAGCAAAUGGUUAGAUACAAAAUAUUAAGAGUUGAAGUAGAUAAAAAUGUAUAUAUAUAUAUUCUUUACAAAUGGUUCAAUUUACUUCCACAUAGUUUAUUUUUUGGAGUCUGUUAAGAAAUCAUUACUAACAUCUGCUGUUAUAAGUGAUCUUUAAAAGUGAGAUUAAUUCUGUACUAAUCUAUGAAUGUGUAACUCAGCAGUAAAUUGUGUUUUAUCAUGUGGAUAUGGUAUAAUCAGAUGUAACUUGGAUCAUCAGCUCAAACACUGCAGAAACCAGACCACUUCCUCUGGCUGAUGGAUAAGAAAUAAUCAAGAACUAUACAUGAUUAUAUCAUAUGCAUUUAAAAACUCUCAGCAAAUGAAGUACACAAAUUACAGCUUCUCAGUGCCACUUGCAAGACUGGAGGCUUGAAACAACCAACUGCUUGUGUGGUUGCUGAAUGUCUUGAGAGUAUCUUAAGUUUGUUCUGACUUCAAGAUCUCGUGCCUUCAGUUACCACAAAGGUGACCCAAACCUUCAGCAUGUGUGACAUUCACCCUGCUCCUGCCUCUGUGUGCAGCUCCGUGUGAUAGCACUGCUUUCCCCUUGCUGUAUUUUCACUUUACUCUUAUGAUACUGCAACAGCAGAGUCCUUUCCCUGUGGUUCAUAUAUAUGGCAGCUACACAUGCUGAGGGCCUGAUCCUAAGGCUGGGCCGUAAAAACACUUUGGGUACUGGGUCCAUACUGGUAUUGCAAGAUGGAAGCAACUGAGGGUGGUCAUGGCAUAGGGUUGUUAACGACCAACCUGAGCAAGUGGAUUUCAUAGAAUCAUAGAAUCAGAGAAUCGCUAAGGUUGGAAAAGACCCACAGGAUCAUCCAGUCCAACCAUUCGCCCUUCACCAAUGGUUCCCGCUAAACCAUGUCCCUCAACACAACAUCCAAACGCUCUUUGAACACCACCAGGCUCGGUGACUCCACCACCUCUCUGGGCAGCCCAUUCCAGUGCCUGACCACCCUUUCAGAGAAGUAGUAUUUCCUAACGUCCAGCCUGAAUCUUCCCUGGCACAGCUUGAAGCCAUUCCCUCUAGUCCUAUCACUAGCCACACGAGAGAAGAGGCUGAACCCCAGCUCACUACAACCUCCCUUCAGGUAGUUAUAGAGAGCAAUAAGAUCUCCCUGAGCCUCCUCUUCUCUAGACUGAACAAUCCCAGCUCCUUCAGCCGCUCUUCAUAAGGCCUGUGCUCCAGAUUCCUCACCAGCUUUGUUGCCCUCCUCUGGACACACUCCAGGGUCUCGAUGUCUUUCUUACAGUGAGGGGCCCAAAACUGGACACAGUACUCAAGGUGCGGCCUCACCAGUGCUGAAUACAGGGGGACAAUUACUUCCCUAUUCCUGCUGGCAACACUAUUUCUGAUACAAGCCAGGAUGCCAUUGGCCUUCUUGGCCACCUGGGCACACUGCUGGCUCAUGUUCAGUCUAGCGUCAAUCAAUACCCCCAGGUCCAUUUCCUCUACACAGUCUUCCAGCCACUCUGCCCCAAGCCUGUAGCGUUGCCUGGGGUUAUUGUGACCAAAGUGCAGGACCCAGUAUUUGGUCUUGUUGAAUCCCAUCCCAUUGGCUUCAGCCCAGCUAUCGAGCCUAUCCAGAUCCCUCUGUAGGGUCUUGCUACCCUCAGGCAGAUCAACACUUCCAGCCAGCUUGGUGUCAUCUGCAAACUUACUGAGGGUGCAAAGCCUUUCACUGGUGCAAAGCCUUGAUUAUGAAUCAGCUAUUGCUGUUGUGUGGGGGCCUUUUCUUAUUUUUUGUUAAAAACACCAACUUUCUGGUUGUGGCCUAUAACUAGCCUGCCUGCAAAGGGCCGUGCUAAAGUUUUGACCUUUGUGACUCGGAAGACGUAAAAAUAAACCCUGGAGCCAAAGUGACAGAUUUCAGAGGGAUUUGUUUCCUCGUCAGUGGAAUCACACCAGGUCAAUCCAUCCAGAACGUGGUAGAAGAUGUCCACCAAAAGGUACUUCUCUUCCCCAGCCUCUUCACCCUCUGGGGCUGUCUCUGCUCUGGUAAUCAAUGUGUUUGUUUUGCUGAAUGCUUUCAUGGUUUUAGGAAGUGCAGUGCUCUCUACGAGGUGCAGUGCAGAGUGGAAUGCAAUACAGCCGCUUGGAUGACUUUAAUAGUCUGAAUGCUUGGUGUAUCCAGGGGGAUAGUUGUGAUGUCUGCCACUGAAAGAGUUUGCUUCAGUGUGAGAACGGUGUACUUUAGCUAAUGCUUCAGUGGCAUGAAAUAAUGUUUUAUUUCUACAUAUGUAUUCCUGAUACAAUGUAGAUUAUUGAAGAAUCGAGGUGAUUUACAGGAGAAUGCAUCAGACAUUAAUACCCAUUUCUGUUCAUUUUAGGGUGAAUUAUUUGAAACGCACACUUUGCCGAGUGAUCAAAUAUUAAUUCCAGUGUGUUUUAGAACAUUUCCACAGCAUUUCUCAGCUGUUGAACAGAGUAAUAUCUAUUGCCACUUUCACACAGAUUCCUGCAUUAGGAGACCUCGGUACAUCUAUAAGCUGCUACAGUGAUGUGCCAGAAAGGGAUAGAAAGAAAAUCUCUCAUUAGGACAGAUUCCUGCACGCAUCUCUAAUGGAAAACAAAUUAAAGCUGCAGCUAUUUCCAUAGCUCUUUUGUGUCAACGACCUCUUCUAAGUGGUGCUCGUGGAGGCAGUGACCUCUGCAUAUUGCCACACCGACCCUGGCAGAAGUGAUGUGUCUUUUGGAGGCCCUGGGAUGCCAUAACAAAAGAAAAAGCCUAACAACAACAGCUAACAACGGCUGCACGGCCCGUUCUGUGAUUUUGCAGAGGUUGAGAAUGACAGAAACAAAGCAUUUUAGAGUUUUCUGGGGAAGGUUGUUCUGAAAAUCUGGGAAUGGUCCCACCUCAUGGUUGAGCAGGAAAAGAAGAUAAACAACACUCUGUUGUUCUGAAGAGACGAGAGGAGGAUAUGAACAAAAAGAGAAAUGGAAAGGAGAUUUAGAAGAUGAGAAAUGAGUGCCUGAUGGGUGCGUGCCAUUAAAUGGGGCCUUAUUUCAAAGCAGAUUUCACUGGGGAAAUGGCACUGUCACCCCAGGCUGAAGAGGAAAACUCCUUAUCUCCACACUGCGGGAUCCUCAGCCAUGGUUUUCAGUUCUGAGGAGAACUUCAUUGAAAAAAGGGGGAAAAUGCAGUGAAGUUCAUUCUGCAUAGGCGGCUGCUUCUAUUGGGCUGAGGGAAGACUGAAUUACAAAAGAAACCUUAAGGGAUGUAUUGUUUUUAAUUUUACAUUUGUAACACACACAUCUCCAAGAAGUAAAUGCUGCCAGUAUUAUUUAGUAGGAAAUGAGUGCGGGGAAAGUCAAUUUUAUAUUCAUUUUAAUAUAAAAAAAAAUUAUAAAUUUCUCCUUUGUUCAUCUCUCAAAUACCUCCCUAAUAGCCUGAGGUACCACAUCUUCAUGUGAGCAUCACCCUGAAUUGCACAGCACGAUGCUGCUACUCCAGAGCAGGCCUGGGGAGUCCAACCCCAAAGCAGACUGGGAUUUGUAUGGCAGUUUUGAUCUUACCUGCAUGCUUUCCACAUGGAUUAGCUGCUUUCCUCUCAAAAAGCCCACCUUAUCUCAGCCAGCAGCCUUCUCUUCUAAAGGCACGUUUCCAGACCUCACUCUUUGCAAACCCAUGGGGGCCAGUGGGCCAGGUCUGCCUUGCUCACACACCUAUAAGCUGCAUUUAUACCUAUGGGGUGUAUUUAUAUGUUUUUUGCACAGGUUUGCUAAGAGCGAUGGCCUUACACUGUCAUAAAGCAGACUGAAACACAAAAGGCUUCAGGCAGCUUGUGUUAAAGACACAUCAGUAAGGAACCCAGUCUUCUCAGGUACAUCCCUCCCGCAUCACAUACAUCUGUGUGAGCAGCUUCAGGACUGUGCCUUUAAAUCAUACCUAGGAAAAUAUUCUCGCUGCUCUGUUAAUUACAACAGCAAAUUGAACAAAUGCACUUACAGCUCAGUUGCUGUCGCCAUUUCCACAUCAGUGUAAUUCAUGCUUGUAGCCCAUGAUAGGAUUUUUAAUGUCAUUACACAGUAGGGCAAAGUCUUCAUUUUUAAUAAAAAUACAAAUGCUAAAAUGAAA